GUAGUAGGUCUCGAAAACACUGGGAGCUAAAGGUUUGUCGCCUAUAUAAAGAGAUUUAUACAUGUAUGGUGUCUCUCACUUCCAAACACCAUAAGAGAUAAGUGAGAGACUUGUAGAUUUCCGGCGAGAACCGUUAUUAAAAUUUCCUAUUAUCAGAGAUAAUGAUUUCUGUUGUUAUAAUCACUGAGCUACUGGUCGAGUACACGACGGCACUCGCGAAACUCGCGGCCGGGAUUCUUCCUAGACGGCGAGGAGACGGUGACGUUAUAAGGAUUGGUGGUUUCUCUCUCCGUUUUCCUUCUAGAUCGACACCUGUUCCAGAUUUCUCUUCUCAUCUAGUUGAUUUCUGAUCUGCGCAAAACCAACUUUCUCAGAUCUCAGUUUUGUGUUCUUCUCCGGAGCUUUCUACGAGAUCGUGGCGGAUGAGAGACUUCGUUUUGAAGAAACUUUCUCUAGAUUUUGUGUUGAGUGCUUGGUCAGAGCUUUGUAUAAUUGUAUCGAGUUAUUAAUAGAGAAUAUGGUUUUGAAGA